ACGUGGUCAGCUUUGACUCUAUGGAUUUACUAAUUCCUUUCCCUCUAUUUUUUUUUCAUCUUUUGCCACCAAGGAGUCCCCAGCCCCAGAUGUCAGGGGGGCUGAAACUUCAGCUCUCCGGAGGAAACAUUGCAGACGAUGAAGAGGAAAAGCAGCUGAAGGAGCAGCUCUGGUAAAUAGGCAGGAUCUUCUGCUUUUUGGAAAAUGCAUUUACCACACUCCUUGGCAAGCCCUUCAGAAGGAACAGAACGUGUUAGCUCCCAGAGAUGAACACGUCCUCUCAAUUCUAUGUUUCUGAACUAAACCUGAGUGCCUUCAGUAGCAACUUUACUGUGCCUACUGCAAAGAGCAAGUCAUCGCCAUGUGAGCAAGUGGUCAUCGCAGCUGAGGUGUUCCUAGCUCUGGGCAUUGUAAGCCUCCUUGAAAACAUCUUAGUUAUAUGUGCAAUAGUUAAGAACAAGAACUUGCACUCACCCAUGUACUUUUUUGUUUGCAGUUUAGCAGUGGCUGACAUGCUGGUUAGUGUGUCUAAUGCUUGGGAGACCAUAACCAUAUACCUAAUAAACAAUAGACACAUCAUUAUGGAAGAUGCCUUUGUCCGUCAUAUAGACAAUGUCUUUGAUUCCAUGAUCUGCAUAUCUGUGGUGGCUUCCAUGUGCAGUUUGCUGGCUAUAGCAGUAGACAGAUAUAUCACUAUCUUCUAUGCCCUGCGUUAUCACAACAUCAUGACAGUGAAAAGAUCAGGGCUUAUUAUUGCAUGCAUCUGGACCUUUUGCACGGGCUGUGGCAUUAUCUUCAUCCUUUAUUAUGAAUCAACUUAUGUGGUCAUUUGUCUCAUCACUAUGUUUUUUACCAUGUUGUUCCUCAUGGUCUCACUGUACAUCCAUAUGUUCCUCCUGGCUCGUACUCAUGUGAAGAAAAUUGCUGCUUUGCCUGGGUACAACUCUGUCCAUCAAAGAACCAGCAUGAAAGGAGCCAUCACUCUGACUAUGCUUCUUGGCAUCUUCAUUGUUUGCUGGGCUCCAUUCUUCCUUCAUCUCAUCCUGAUGAUCUCCUGCCCUCAAAACCUCUACUGUGUUUGCUUCAUGUCUCACUUCAACAUGUACCUCAUUCUCAUCAUGUGCAACUCGGUGAUUGACCCCUUGAUCUACGCCUUUCGUAGCCAGGAAAUGAGGAAGACCUUCAAAGAGAUAAUUUGUUGCUAUAGCCUGAGAAUGCUCUGUGGGUUAUCAAACAAAUAUUAAGAUAACAAAAACAAACCAGGGAAGAGAAUGGUAAGGCAACAUCUUCCUGCAUCCUGUAAUUCUGGUGAAAUGCCUAUGGAACAUUCAGCUCUCAUGAUUCCCACAGCAAUCAGAAACCCUUUAUUAAUGCAUGAUUUUACAUUUCUUUCCCUCCACACACCUCUCUCAUGCUGGUGGUUGGAGCUACUCAGUGCAUCUGUAUUACGGGGAUAAAGAAUAUUUUGAAUCUCAUUUACACUAUUAAAGAUUGGAAUUUAAGAGGAUUAUACAGGCAAAACCUUAUUUUUAUUUCUGCUAAAUGCAAUGAGUGAGUUCUGUCAUGUGAAUGAACCCACCAGCCUCUCAAAUGUGUGCUUCUUUUGGUGUUUGUCUUUCUAGACAAAAAAACCCAAACCAAACCAGAACAAACCAAACCAAAUCAAACCAAACCAAACCAAACCAGAACAAACCAAACAACCAAAAAACCCGCCCUCUCUCUAGAUAAAAACAAGCAUGGCUUAUUUUGAUGCCCAGAAUUAAUAUGGAAUGUUCCUUCUGAAGACAUAAAAUUAGAGCAGGAGCUCCAAUGAUCAAGCUCCACAUACCUUGGUCAGCAGUUAUGAUCAUUAUACAUGCACAUAUCAGCAGUCUUGUAUUCCAGUCAUGACUGUUACUGUCAUAAAACAUGUACAGUGUAAGAAGCCAAUGUUACCAUAACAUUUGCCAGGCUGGAUUAAGCACUUUGUCGUAUAUGACUAUAUAUAUGUUCAAAUCACUGUGAAGCAAGAUGUACCAUAGGUGGCUUUUAAGGCUGAAUAUGAAGAUCGAGCUCAUUCUAUUUUGUUUGUUUUCUUUAUUUGCCAGGGCUAGGGAAGCAAAGGGAACACAGCCAGUAGAUAUUUGUGCAAUGUUUUGUGGAGAUGGAAAGACUGAGUGAAUGGCUGCCUUUUUAUAGACAUUAGAAAGGCCUUUUGGCUGAGAAGAGCUUGUGUUACUGUAGAUUGGGUCUUUCAAGUUGGGAGAGACAAAACAAGUUUGAUAAUCAAAAGGCAUGGUGGGCAAUGGCAAAAAAAGGAUUUCAAAACAUUAGGCACAUGUAGCUAUAACAGAGUCCUGACUUUUGCUCCCCAAACAAACAGUUUUCCUCUUAGUUGAGAGGAUUCUAGGCUGAAACCCCCAUGCCUUUUGUGUGAGUAGCUUGCAUCUAGUCAUGCUUUCAUAAACCUGCUGUUCUGCAACAGCUGUGUAACGUGCAAAAUACUGGGCUUACAAAAGAGGGAGGAAGUGCAACUGUGGUAUUUCUUAAUGACCAUGAAUGGUGCAUAUCUUGUGCUGUGAUUUAAGUUAAGAAAAGAUUUCAAGUGGCGGUAAGCUACUGACUAGCUAUCCGAAUAUAUCUUGAAAAAACAAACCCUUCAUUCUGAAAUCUGAAAGAAUAAUGCUUGUUACACUUGGUUUAUACAUGCUGUAAAACUCUUGUUUAUCAAUAGAAGGUUUAUGUUUUAUUCCAUGAGUGUUAGGUUAUACUUUCAAGGUGAAAGUCCUGAUUGGGUUUUAGGAAUUUUUUUUAGCCAUAAGGGUGGUCAAAUAUAUGAACAGGUGCUCAAUGGUUGUGCAAAAUCCAUCUUAGAGAUUUUUAGAACUUGACUGGACAUGGUCCUGAAAAAUCUUUGCUAAAUUGAAAGCUGACUCUAACUUUGAAGCUAGCCCUGCUUUGAACCACUAGGAGCAGAUUACCUCCACAGCUGCCUUGCAACACAAAUUAUUCCGUGAUUCUAUGACACAGUUUGCACAUUAUGAUAAAAUUAUAUUUUUUCCCCUCCUAAUUUUAUCUUCUGUGUAAAAAAAAACCCUGGAAAAUAUUCCCCUCCACACACUGAGAGCCUACUUUAUGUCUUCAUUUACUUAGGAGGUUUCUGACAGAAGUAAGGCGUACCUUUAGCAUCAGGGUUAUAAAUUUUGUCUGUUUAAAAUUUACUAUUCCUUCAACUCACAUAUAGCUCCCUCUGACAUGAGUGGGAAUGUUAUUCUCUUUGGAGAUACCUUAUUAUGCUGGCUGAUAUACUGGCUAUAUCAAUGCACUAGGGACUGGAGUCUUCCUUCAGCUAUAUCUGAAAAUGGGAUUUCAGAGAAUGUUGGUGGUGAGUAGUGAGAAUCCUGCCGUGUUUCAGUCCAUCUCUUAAUCCUAUCCAUAAAUACCCUCUAAAUGUUGGCUCUUGCAACUAUGAAUGUAAAUGACAAAAGGAGACAGUUCCACUGCAUAGUGAAAGGCACCAGCUGAUGUAAAUAAAUCAUUAAAUCUUUACUGGGUAUUGCAAAUAAGACAGUUUUGUACAUAACUGUAAAUCAACUAAGGGGAAACCAAAACUGUAAUAGCUUUCGGUAUUUUAUUGAA